CCGCUCUAAACAAACCCCCCCCACCCAACCAAAACCGCUUGGCGAAACCUCCCCCUUCUCGACGUCCAAAUCCAGCGAAAUAUCGCGCCUUUUCCUUCUUUUUCUCUCCCGAUUACGCCUCCCCUUCCGUUCGACAUUAGAGGAGAGUCUCGAGCUUUGAGGGCUCGCCAUGACGAAGCAGAAUGUGGUGGUGCCGGAGGCCAUGGCCAUCUCGGUGGCUGCCGUGGCCAACUCGUCGCCGCUCUUCACUUAUCCGCCGCCGCGAAGCGGCUUCGGCGCCGGCGUCGCCGGCGGGUUUGCUCUGAAGAUCAAUGCCUGGGUUGAGUCCAUGAAGGCCUCCUCCCCCACCCACGCCAAGGCCGCCGCCGCCCUCGCCGCCGCCCCGUCCGUCGGCGCACAGGAAGAACAUGCCACCUGGAUUAUGCGGCACCCUUCGGCUCUGAGCAAAUUUGAACAGAUCAUCAGCGCCUCUAGAGAGAAGCAGAUUGUGAUGUUCUUGGACUACGAUGGAACGCUCUCUCCCAUCGUCGACGACCCCGACUCGGCUUUCAUGUCCGAAGCGAUGAGAGAUGCGGUGAGGAAUCUCGCUCGGUACUUCCCCACGGCGAUCGUCAGUGGGCGGUGCCGAGACAAGGUGUAUAAGUUCGUGAAGCUGGCAGAGUUAUACUACGCUGGUAGCCAUGGCAUGGACAUCAAAGGCCCGGCCAGAGGACCCAGAUACAGGAAAGCUAAGGCCAAGUCAGUUCUCUUUCAACCAGCUAGUGACUUCCUCCCCAUGAUAACUGAGGUUUAUAAUGUCCUGUUCGAGAAAACCAAAUCCACCCCUGGUGCCAAGGUGGAGAACAACAAGUUCUGUGUGUCCGUCCACUACAGAUGUGUAGAUGAAAAGAGUUGGAGCGUAUUGGCUGAGCAGGUGAAGUCAGUGCUCAAGGAAUACCCCAAGUUGCGGCUCACCCAAGGCAGAAAGGUCCUGGAGAUUAGACCAACUAUUAAAUGGGACAAAGGGAAGGCCCUGGAGUUCUUGUUGGAGUCUCUUGGAUUUGCCGACUGCAACGACGUGUUGCCGGUGUACAUCGGAGAUGAUCGCACCGAUGAAGAUGCUUUCAAGGUCUUGCGUGAUAGGGGACAAGGUUUUGGUAUCCUUGUUUCCAAGUUCCCAAAGGAGACAAAUGCCUCCUACUCUCUCCGAGAGCCCUCUGAGGUUAUGGACUUUUUACUUCGCCUAGUGGAGUGGAAGCGCCUUUCUUUGAAAGCUCGGCCGAGGGUGUCAAUAGGAAUAUGAGAAGGGCGCCCCACCACCCCUGUGAAAGCUUGGACGUGUGGGAUUCGAUGGAAUGGGGAGCUAUGUAUUCCCAUGUUUAGGAGGAGCAAAAACCCCCCUAAAUAUAACGUUACGUUUUGUACUUUAGCCUACUUUAUUUCUUUCCCCUCUUUUUUUGGGUCUUUUCAUGGGCUUGGAAGCAUUGCAAAACUAGCUAGCUUUCUCGCCCCUACACAAGAGGCUGAUGCAAUCUUGUAAUUACCUCUAUGUGCAAUAGGAAAAGAAGAAAUAGCGAUUGUUUUCUUUCUAUAAGAUUUGGGUUUUGGA